CCCAGUCAACCUUACGGCUGUCUUGCUACACAAACCCUAUCCGCACCAAAUUGUUCACGUCGGUUCCGAUUUUGAUUGCGAGAUCACAGACAAAAGAAAUCGAGAGACAAAUGUUCAAUUCGUCAUCCGUGAUUCUUGCGAAGACAUGUCACAGGUCGUUGGAGAGACGACCUUAUGGGACAAAGUUGGAUAUACAUCUUGUCGCCUUCCUGAUAAUAUGCAAUCGGGAUCAUAUGAACUCGUUGUCCGAAUGCAACUCGAUGGAGGUUAUGAACAAGUUGGCACUACUUGGAUAUCAGUUGCAAACACAAGACGUGUCAAAGAUGGCCAGAAAGAAAGAAGCCGUGUGCAGCUUAGUACCAGAGCGCCUCAUUUCCCCAAGCUCAUAUCACCCCUGCCGUCACAGAAAUUGGAUCCUGGGAUGGAAUUUGAAUUUCUGUAUCGAAGUGGGAUAGCACCUUUUCCUACGACGGUAGAGGUUCUACUCAUAGAUAGCUUCGGUCACGAAACACCUCUCGGAGAGGCCGAGUUCACGAAUUUUGAGGCUCAAGACACAUUCACAUGCCCAGAAGAUUUAUCACCGAAUCCUUAUACGUUGGUUGUGCGAGAAAAUACCCAGUCAGAUCCAGACAAUUUUACGGAGGUGAUCAAGAUCCCGGUGAAUGUGGUCGAUCACUCGAGUAAAAAAAUUAAGAGGGAAACCACACCCGGCAGAGAUGGCGCCACACUCCGAAUCAGAUCACCUCAUUUUCCUCAACUCAUAACCCCUGUGACGUCUCAAAAUAUCACUCCCGGGACCCCAGUUGAUGUCCAUUAUAGAGAUGGGGAAACAACCGCUACAUUGGUGAAGUUUCUGAUCAAAAGUAGCUCCGGUAACGAAACACUUUUAGGGCAGACUAGUUUUGCGAGAUACGAAGCUCGAGCUGCAUUUCCUUGUCCAGACUUACCACCAGGCGAAUAUAACUUGGUGAUUGAAGAAAAUUCUCAAAUACACCCGGCCAAUUUUACUCAAGCGUUUGAGAUUCCAGUGAAUGUGGUCGAUAGCAACAUGACUGAUUCAUAUAGUUCAAAUUCCAAGUAAGAAAAUUAUCUGGUUCUGUCUUCAUAAUCCCAAGUAGCAUAUUUUCCCAUUUCAUUGUACAUUUUUUCAGGUCCUUUUCAGUUACGUGGUUAGAGAUAACUUCAGUCAGACUAUGUUUUUAUGUGUAUGAUGAAAAGCAAUAUAUGAAAUUAUUUGAUGAUGU